UGUUGUGCAUGUUUUGGACCUAAAGGUGGAAGACAAAACUACUGUGGUCCUAAAUGUACAGCAAUUAAUGGUGGAACUGUAAUGAAGAGCGCUUUCGUUUGGUUUUGGGUGCGAACCAGAAUACCUGAACGUCUGUGGAAAAGAUGUAUGGAGUUUGUGCUGAAAAAUUCCGCAGGCAAACUUGAAAAACAUUUCAUUGACCCGCAAACAGGCACUGCACAAAAGGUGGGGGAUAUUAUGGAAAGUUAAGACGACACUAUUGUGAUUAAUGGCAACAGACACAAUACCACCAGAAGCAACAACAACAACGACAACCAAAACAACAACUGCAAUGACAACAAUAGGAAGGACGUCGACGACGACGAUGGCGGCGACGACGACAACGAUGACGACGACGACGACGACAACAACAAAAACAACAACAACAACAACAACAACAACAACAACAACAACAACAACAACAACAACAACAACAACAACAACAACAACAGCAGCAACAGCAGCAGCAGCAGCAACAGCAGCAGCAACAACAACAACAACAGCAACAACAACAACAACAACAACAACAACAACAACAACAACAACAACAACAACAACAACAACAACAACAACAACAACAACAACAACAACGACGACAACAACAACAAUUUAACCAGCAGUUUGGUUUGUUUUCAGGGUUCCUGCUCAGGAAAACUUAGAUCAUUUUUAAACGAAGGUGUAAGUAGAAUAUUUCAAGAAAAGAUUUAUAUUACCGGCAGCAGUUAUUCUGAACUUCUAACCCUUUUUCUCUGACAAUACGCCCGACCUCUGCUCAAGCAUUGGAUAUUUCUUAAUUCACUUGAUGUUAUAAAGGACUUAAUUCUAGACAUUGACAGUAUCACAUCGGAUAUUUCUUUGUUUUAGACAUUGACAGUAUCUGACAAGGAAAGUUUUGACAAGAUUCCAGAUGUUCCAGGUCUUCUCUCAUAUCGUAAAGAUGAUAAACAACUUUAUGUCAAUCAAGGAUCAAAGUGGCAAGCAUUGAGUACUGAACAAGAGGUUAGUUUAAAUAUGAGGAAAUAGCACGUCGCACUGUUGAACUACAUCAUUAUAUAACUGAAAUUAAUGAGUAACUUUAGGGUAUAUACCAUAUCAGUACGAUCAUCAACCGAAUUUCAACGCACGUUCAACGUAAAUGUAAACGAGGAAAUAAAGCUUUCUCGUUGCUUAAAUUAUUCAGUAAAAUAUGUGCAUCUGACACAUGCAGCACGGCUACUCCUGUGAAUAAAUCGAACGCCCACUACCUAUAAAUAUCGAAUGCAUACUUGAUUACGAAUUGUGUCUCCAUUUUAUUUUCAUUCUCCAGUAAACCGCCAUAUUGAAUUCGACCAGGUAAUAAUACAAAAACUAUCUCACUGAAGAUUAAAUCUAAUUGUAGCUUAAGCAAUUGAAGAAACAAAUCCAAAGUCAAGACACGAAAAUUCAAAGUCAAGGAAACAAAUCCAAAGUCAAGGAAAUAUGAUUAAAAAGCUGGAAAAAGAAAAUCAAGGUAUCUAACAAAAUAAAAAUGUUAAGGUUAUAGAAAAUCAAACUUCCUAAAAUCGAUUUUUUUUAUUUUUCGAUUUCCGGAAAGUGAAAUAUGAAUCUCUCGCUUGCAACAAUUUUUAAAACAUUUAAAAUUGAAUUAGUUACGAUAACGUUUUUCAAAUUUUAUAAUCGUAGUGAGAAUGACUGUUAUUGCAAAUGACACCAGAAGGACAGCUUGUUAAGUGAUUUAAAGUAUAAAGAUUUCAAAACAAAAACAAACGAAGCAUUAUUAUGUUUUCCAGCUAUUAACAAGCGUAUGGACAGGCUACAUUCACCAGCGUCUUGUUCAGCUUUGUUAAUAAAACACCCUUCAACACCAACUGGAAUGUAUUAUUUAAAUCCUCAAGGACUCAGUUCAUCGCCAUCGGUUCAUGUAUACUGUGAUAUGACGUCAGAGAAUCGUGUUGGUGUGACGGUGAUUGGACAUGACAGUGGAUCAAGAACACUUGUGCAUGGAUAUGAAGAUCCAGGUUCUUACAAACGAAAGAUUAAAUAUGAUAUUUCCAUGGAGCAGAUCCUUGCCAUUAUGAAGCAGUCCAAGAAUUGUGAACAAUUCAUAAAAUAUGAAUGUUUUGGUAGCGCAUUUAGGUUCCAUUCUGUAGGUGCAUAUCAAAGCUGGUGGGUAUCACGCCAAGGUUCAAAGGUGAAUUACUGGGGCGGAGCGGCAGUCAACAGUGGAAAAUGUGCAUGUGGAAUGACCAACAGCUGUGCAAGUGGAUUGAAAUGUAAUUGUGACAAGAAUGACAUGACAUGGCGUGAAGACAGUGGAUAUCUGACAGACAAGAACACACUGCCUGUUACUGAACUGAGAUUUGGAGAUACCGGUGGUGAGAAAGGAUACCAUACACUGGGAAAACUGCGAUGUUGGGGUUAG